UAGAGAGGCUGCACCCCGCUGUACCCUUCCCCCCUUUUCUACCCACGGGUACACUGGCGCCCCCUACGCACAGGAGCUGUCCCUGGGCCCCCGCUCCGGCGCGGAGACCCCCGUGGACCUCCGGGGGCGGGAGGCCGCUCUGGCCGCAAGUCGAGCCUCUCGCUGGUAGACGGGCCCGAGGGAGCCCCUCUGGGCGCGGCGCCGCGGAGCUGCUCGAUGCUCCGGCCGGAAGUGCUCUUCACCGCCUGCCUCUCACCCGGCUCUCUGGUCCCGGCGGUAAGAUGGCGGCUGCCGCGGAGUGCGAUGUGGUAAUGGCGGCGACCGAGCCAGAGCUGCUGGACGACGAAGAAGCGAAGAGGGAAGCAGAGUCUUUCAAGGAACAAGGAAAUGCAUACUAUGCCAAGAAAGAUUACAACGAAGCGUAUAACUAUUAUACAAAAGCCAUAGAUAUGUGUCCUAAAAAUGCUAGCUAUUAUGGUAACCGAGCAGCCACACUGAUGAUGCUUGGACGGUUCCGGGAAGCCCUUGGAGAUGCCCAGCAGUCAGUGCGACUGGAUGACAGUUUCGUCCGGGGACAUCUACGAGAGGGCAAGUGCCACCUCUCUCUAGGGAAUGCCAUGGCAGCCUGUCGUAGUUUCCAGAGAGCCCUAGAACUGGAUCAUAAAAAUGCUCAGGCGCAGCAGGAGUUUAAGAAUGCUAAUGCGGUCAUGGAAUAUGAGAAAAUAGCAGAAACGGAUUUUGAGAAGCGGGAUUUUCGGAAGGUUGUUUUCUGCAUGGAUCGUGCCCUAGAAUUUGCCCCUGCCUGCCAUCGCUUCAAAAUCCUCAAAGCAGAAUGUUUAGCAAUGCUGGGUCGUUAUCCAGAAGCACAGUCUGUGGCCAGUGACAUUUUACGAAUGGAUUCCACCAACGCAGAUGCUCUGUAUGUACGAGGUCUUUGCCUUUACUAUGAAGAUUGUAUUGAGAAGGCAGUGCAGUUUUUUGUGCAGGCUCUCAGGAUGGCUCCUGACCACGAGAAGGCCUGCAUUGCUUGCAGAAAUGCCAAAGCACUCAAAGCAAAGAAAGAAGAUGGGAAUAAAGCAUUUAAGGAAGGAAAUUACAAGCUAGCCUAUGAACUGUAUACAGAAGCCCUGGGGAUAGACCCCAACAACAUAAAAACCAAUGCUAAACUCUACUGCAAUCGGGGUACUGUUAAUUCCAAGCUUAGGAAACUAGAUGAGGCGAUAGAAGACUGCACAAGUGCAGUGAAGCUCGACGACACUUACGUAAAAGCCUACUUGAGAAGAGCCCAGUGUUACAUGGACACAGAACAGUAUGAAGAAGCAGUGCGGGACUAUGAGAAAGUGUAUCAGACGGAGAAAACUAAAGAACACAAACAGCUCCUAAAAAAUGCACAGCUGGAACUGAAGAAGAGUAAGAGGAAAGAUUACUACAAGAUCCUGGGAGUGGACAAGAAUGCCUCUGAGGAUGAGAUCAAGAAAGCAUAUCGGAAACGGGCCUUGAUGCACCAUCCAGAUCGGCACAGUGGAGCCAGUGCGGAGGUUCAGAAAGAAGAGGAGAAGAAGUUCAAGGAAGUGGGAGAGGCCUUUACCAUCCUCUCGGAUCCCAAGAAAAAGACUCGCUAUGACAGUGGACAGGACCUGGAUGAGGAGGGCAUGAAUAUGGGCGAUUUUGAUGCAAACAACAUCUUCAAGGCGUUCUUUGGUGGUCCUGGGGGCUUCAGUUUUGAAGCAUCUGGUCCAGGGAAUUUCUUCUUCCAGUUUGGCUAAUGAAGGGCAGCCCCCAGAGCCCAGAACAUGCUGAGCCGCUCGGUGUCGCCUGGUGUGGACAUGGUCACCUCCCCCUUCAUCAGUCUCCAUGUCCUUAGAGUCGUUUCUUGGUCGGAUACCCUGUGUCUGUGAGUUGGUGGAGGAAGGGAGCCAGUGCCCAGGACUGCGGGGGGUGGGGGGCAGGGAGGCAGCUUGUGAAGUUUUGUUUUACUGUUUAACUUUAUUAAAAAAGAAAAAAAGAAGAGAAUAAAAUGUUUUGACCCUUUCUGGCCCUUUGCUCUGG